AUGACCGACAACAAUCAAGGCUGCAAGAUUACGCUUUAUUGGCUCGAACAAUCUCGAAGCCAUCGCAUCCUGUGGCUGUUGGAAGAGCUCCAGCUGAAAUAUGAGCUCAAGACCUUCAAGCGUCGCGACAGGCUGGCUCCUCCCGAGCUGAAGCAGGUGCACCAGCUGGGCAAGUCCCCCAUCAUUACCAUCGAAGCUCCGGGGACUGAGAAGCCUCUGGUCCUGGCCGAGUCUGGUGCAAUCAUUGAGUAUCUCUGCGAUCACUUCAGCAGUGGGCAACCGACGCUGGUGCCGGAGCGCUACCAGGCGGGCCGUGAGGGCCAGGUCGGUGGCGAGCGCGAGGAGUGGAUGCGGUAUCGCUACUUCAUGCACUACGCGGAGGGCAGCCUGAUGCCAUAUUUAGUGAUGAGCCUAGUCAAUGACACCGUGCGCAACUCGCCUCCUUUCUUUCUCCGCCCGAUCACCGCCAUCGUGGCCUCGCAGGUCGAGUCGGGGUUCCUGACGCGCAACAUUCAGGGGAAUCUCGCUUUCCUGGAGCACCAGCUACAGACUGCUCCCGGAGGUGGUCCCUUCCUUUGCGGAAAGGAGCUGACUGCGGCGGACAUUCUGAUGAGUUUCCCAAUUAUCGCGGCCAGUGGUCGGAUCCUGAAGGACGAGACCCAGCGGGACAAGUAUCCUCUCCUGGUGGCCUACGCCAAGCGGUUGGAGGAGGCUGACGGCUACAAGAAGGCCGUCACAAAGAUUGAACAGGUCGACGGACAUUUCUCAGCCUCCAUGUAA